AUGAGAAUGAAGAUUUCCAGAAGCUUGCAGAAAGGGAAAUCGCCUCCUGUGAAGAAGAGAUAGCUGAACUGAAACACCAGAUAGUGUUGCUUUUGAUUCCUUCAGAAGAAACAGACAAGAGUGAUCUUGUCAUGGAAGUAACUGCUGGAGUCGGAGGGCAAGAAGCCACGCUGUUCACCUCAGAGAUAUUUGAUAUGUAUCAACGAUAUGCUGCCUAUAAAAAGUGGAAAUUUGAAAUAUUAGAAUACUUUCCCAGUGAAAUAGGUGGCCUAAGACAUGCAGUUGCCAGUAUAGCAGGUCUUGAGGCUUACAAGUACAUGAAAUUUGAAGGAGGAGUGCAUCGUGUUCAGCGGGUACCAAAGACAGAAAAACAAGGACGCGUUCACACCAGUACAAUGACUGUUGCAAUAUUACCCCAACCCACCAAGAUGAGGCUGCAAAUUAAUCCAAAUGAUCUACGGAUAGAAACAAAGCGAGCUAGUGGAGCUGGAGGCCAGCAUGUCAAUACCACAGACAGUGCUGUACGGAUAGUUCAUGUUCCAACAGGGAUCGUGUCUGAAUGUCAGCAAGAAAGAUCUCAAAUUAGAAACAAAGAGAAGGCUAUGCAAAUGCUAUAUGCUAAACUAUACAACGCCAAACUGGAAGAAGAAACCAAAAAGAGAAACAGUGUUCGAAAGAUUCAAAUUGGGACUAAAGGAAGGUCGGAGAAGAUCAGAACAUACAACUUUCCACAGGACCGGAUUACUGACCACAGGAUAAGCAGAUCAGUGCAUCAUAUUGACUGUUUCAUGCUAGGGGAAGAAAUGCUAGAUGAAAUGAUACAAACUCUGAGAGAAUAUGCUGACUAUGAAUCUUUAAUGGAAAUUAUUUCAGAAAAUGAAAGAAAGAAUCUAUCCUGA